AUGGCGUUUUCUCUGAGAGACAAUCCUAGAGCCCUUAAUCGUUGGGACUCAGACACUCCUGCCCUGUCUACAUGCAGCAAUGCAGACAUCUUCCGCAGAAUGAACACCAUGCUGGGCAACUCUCUGGACCUCACUGGGGUCUGUACCACUCCAAGCGGCAAGACCAAGCGGGACUCACUGAUGGACCGUCCGGAUUCGGAUCUGUCUGUGGUCCGGAGCAGGAUGCUUUUUCCCAGCAACAGCCAGGACUCAUCGCGGGGUCUGCCUGAUGUCAAUGAGCUGGGCCUGGGCCUGCAGUCCCUCAGCUUGUCCGGUUGGGAGAGGCCAUGGAGCAGUCAGGACUCGGAGCAGGCAGCCCCAAAUAACAAUAUCUCCAUGCUGGGGAUGCUGGGAAGCCCUCUGGGCCAUCUUCUGAACAAGCCUCAGGGCUUUAACUCAAACGAAUCCAAUGCUGGGCCUUCGGAUUUCCUGGAGAAAUUUCCAGCCUUGGCGCGCCUGAAUUCCCGCUCUUUGCUGGGCUCCCACUCCAGCAGCCCUGUGGAUUCGGAGACCAGUGGCUUCAGCUCUGGCUCUGAUCACCUUUCUGACCUGCUGUCCUCUCUGAGGAUCUCCCCCUCAGUGCCCUUCCUAAUGUCCAAUGUGCAGAAGGACCCUCUGAAGCUCAGCCUGGGUUCCCGCAUAGAUCACGACAGUUCUCCCCUGACCCCUCCACCCAGUUCCACACCAGAUGGCAGCAGCCUGUCCCGCCGUUGGCCUGGAGCAUCCGUGUGGCCCAACUGGGACCUGCUGGAGACCCCAGAUGGACCCUUCAGCAUUGAGAGGGAGGCUCGUCUCCACAGACAGGCUGCAUCCAUUAAUGAAGCUACUUUCACUUGGAGUGGACAGCUUCCUUCCAGAAACUACAAAAAUCCAGUGUACUCCUGUAAGGUCUUUCUCGGAGGAGUUCCAUGGGACAUUACUGAGGCUGGCCUGAUAAACACAUUUAACUGUUAUGGCCCCCUGAGUGUGGAGUGGCCUGGUAAGGAUGGCAAGCAUCCUCGCUGCCCUCCUAAAGGUAAUAUGCCCAAAGGGUAUGUGUACUUGGUGUUUGAAUCGGAGAAAUCUGUGCGUGGGCUGCUGCAAGCCUGCACCCAAGAUCUGCUCCAUCCUGAGGGUUACAGCGAGUACUACUUCAAAAUGUCCAGCAGGAGGAUGCGCUGUAAGGAUGUGCAAGUGAUCCCCUGGGUGAUCUCAGACAGUAACUAUGUGCGCUGCCCCUCUCAAAGGUUGGAUCCCAGUAAUACUGUGUUUGUGGGAGCUCUGCAUGGCAUGCUAAAUGCUGAGGCUCUGGCCAGCAUCAUGAAUGACCUGUUUGGGGGAGUCAUGUAUGCAGGGAUUGAUACAGACAAGCACAAGUACCCAAUUGGGUCUGGUCGUGUAACCUUUAACAACCAGCGCAGUUACCUGAAAGCUGUAAGUGCUGCGUUUGUUGAAAUCAAGACCCCCAAAUUUACAAAGAAGGUUCAGAUUGACCCAUAUCUGGAGGAUUCCAUGUGCCAGGUGUGCAGCCGCCAGCCUGGACCCUUCUUCUGCAGAGACCAGGCCUGCUUCAAGUAUUACUGUCGCUCUUGCUGGCAUUGGCAACACUCCAUGGAUAUCUUGAGCAACCACCGCCCUCUGAUGCGCAACCAGAAGAACCGGGACUCCAGCUAA